AUGGCAGACCGCACCAAUACUGCCCGGGUCAAUCCCCCACCCCGCCGAAAGGUCGCAGGCCAGGUUUCGCUCGGCGGCUCGCCCGCGUCGUCCGGCCCUUCGACGCCCCUUUCCUCCCAACCACGGCUUAAAGCUCAUAUCAACCCUGCCAAUAUUAUUGGUGGCUCACCCUCGCCGGCCGCAGUGCCUUCACCGCGGCCCGUUGUCCGCGUACCAUCAAACGUCAGCGUCCGCACAGAUGCGCCAGUCCGAAGCACGCCGCGCUCCGAAGUGGGCGGACCGAGCGUUACGCGCGCCAGCCCUGCACUUGGUCAGCGACCCUUGGUGGCAAGGGCAGGGGCUGGGCCGCGUGCCCCCCCACCAGCACUCCGCUCGGGUGCGUCUCUGCCAGGCUCUGCGUUGCCGUCGGGUGCCUCAACCCCCACCAGCGUGUACGUCCGGCGCCCAUCAUCAGUCUUGGGCAACAACUCGAGCGCUUCAACGCCGCUUUCCCGGAGCCCCCAGCCAGACCAGGGUACAUUCAAUGCCAGUACAGGGAGUAAGUUCCGAGCGGCUCUGGCCGGCGCCGGAGCUAGUGACUCCGAGGCGCAAACGAUUAUCCGACCCGUCCAUGUACGGUCUGCGUCUUUUACUCCUGGUCCUCGCUCAGACUCGAGCAACUCUCAACUUUCAUCCAACUCACGCAACGCGUCGCGGCAAGGUUCAGGGCAGUCCUCACCACCCCGCCCUAUCGUGUCGCGAAACACAGUCGCCGGCAGUGCCAGUGUCCCGCGACGACGAUCCAACGAGUCAUCCUCUCGUCUUCCUUCAACCGGCGCCGGUGCAGGCACUCCUCCGUCCACCCACUGGCCUUCAUCAUCUACCGACAUUCUUCGCAUGGCCGUGCGACAGGCGCCGGAGCCGCGCUUGUCGGCCCUGGCGGAGGUGACGACGUCUUCCGAGAAUCUGACACAACACUUGGCCCCAGCAACAUCGACGCCGAUAAGCUCAUCACUGCUCUCGCCCAGUACCCUGACUCCGACUGUCCUUCCUUCACCACCCACCAUCGAUGAAGUGGACCUGAACGGCAACGGAUUGGAACUGGAACCGUCGUCCAAUCACUCGUCCCCUGUGCGCCCCUCCCUCCAACUCGUCUCACCGCCUUCCGCCCUACAUACACAUCUUGCUCAUCUGGGGCUGGGGUCUCUCGCGACCGCCUCUGCUCCAACGUCACCGCGCGGUGGAAAUGGCCACCUCGGGCUUGAGCGCAAGCGUAUGCCGCUGCCGUGGAACCCCACACAUGGUACCCCAUUGUCCUUCCCGGCGCCGCCCGACAGUCCAGAACUGCGAACAGUCGCGCUGCCGAUCAUGACGCCUGCACGAACUCCGGAAGCGUCCGAGCACCUGACACUAAAGCCUGCAGGCUUCGAGUCAAGACGAUUCUCGUCCGGAAGCGACAACAGCCUGGGCGAGACGAGUGUCAUUGGGCUGCGCAAGAGCAUGUCGCCACGCGCACGUGUGUCGCCAGAGGCCAUUAUGCCGUGGUCUGGCAGCCUUCUUAACGGCAAUACGCGCGAUCCCUCGUCAUCAACUGCGCGUUGGGAGAGCACCGGUGACGAGUCGGGCUACGACCUCAGCGAUGAUCACCACACCGAUGAAGACAUUGACCUCGAGGCGGAGAUCGACGCCAACCAACUUGAACUUACACCUUCGGCCGAGAUGGAUCUAGAGCGCGACAAGUGGGAGCGCAAGAUUGCAGACCUCGAGAUUUCCAACUCGUCGCUGAUGAAAAUCAACCGCAUGCUCGAGACAACCAAGGUCAAACAGCAGGGCGAGAUAAUGAGACUGCGGCGUGCGCUGCGCGACGCACGUUCGGGGGUGCCAGAGCGCCCGAUGCUGGAGCGCGUUCCGUCAUCAACGGAGGAGGAUCCGGACUCGUCUGGCUCGUGGGGCGACGACGAGAUUGAGGACCCCGAGCUCGAGAAGCGGUGGGACCAGCUCCGUGAUCUGGUGAGCGCGAUGCGCAAGACGGGGGAGGAUGCGGUGGAACGCCUGCGCCAGGACGUGAAGCCGCACCAGCGCGUGCUGGGUUGGCUUGAAGUCGAGGCGAUGGGCAUCGGCCGGAGCGAGGACACGACGCGGGCGCAGAGCGAGGUUGAUCCCGCUGAGACCGUCUCGGGUGCGACCGAGACGACCGACGACUACAGCAACACGGACGUGACGGACACGAUGAGUGAGCGGAGCGAGACUGCGCCGACCGAGAUCGGUCUCACCGCCAGAGUGAGAGGUUUCAAUUAA